UUGACGUCAAGGUGAGACCUUCGGAGAGAAAUGACUCAAAUGAGACGGAAGAGACUUAGUGAGAAUCGCUGAUGUUGUCGAUGAUUGCGGAGUCCAUAUAUACAAACACAGGCCAGUAUCUAGAGAAGAAGCAGAGGAUGGAGAUACCGCAAUCAUGGAGGGGAAUAUUGUCCUUCAAGAGUGCAACAAUUGUGCUGUCCAUAUUGAAUGUGGUCACUGUUCUUUUCUUGCUUCAGGGCUUUCUAUCCUCUUACUCUGUCCGAUACAAGCUCUCCUCUGACGAGCCCGAUUCAGUUCAACUCCGCUAUAUCAAAGAAUCUGAAGAGAUGCGGCAUGCCAUGCAACCUUGGGAACUGAUAAAAAGAGUGAGGGAAAUUGAGCAAGAAACAUAUACUGAAUCUGAAACAAUCCAACGAAAAGACACAAAGCAGACAGCUGCUGUUGAUCUUUCUAAGAGGUUAAAGGAUUCUCAUUCUCUAGAUGAUGCCGCCAGCUCAAAAGCUCUAGAGGAAUGGCGUAAAAGGAAGAUGGAGCGAGCUAGACAAAGAGAACUGGGGAAAAAUGGAACAGCCUCCUCUCAGGCUUAGCAGCUCUCCCUCAAAGCUAUUAUCGUUGGCAACAUGUGAAUAUGGAAAGUUGGUACAUUAUCUGCAAACAAUGCAUUAUUUGUAUAUUCCAUAAAGGAUUUGAUUAGCUAAAUGAGCUUCUAUUUCCUGGCACGGUGAGACCGUGAGGAAGCCUUGUAUUAUAGGUUAGGGUCUGGCUACUAGAAUUCCUAUCUGGUUUAUUAUAAAUUUUUAUUGCAGUAAACUAUGAUAUUACAUGGGAAAACUACACUUCCAAUGAUUAUCAAGUUUGCUGUACAGUGGGAAUAAUGCAAGAUAAAUGGAAUGGUUUCUGGAAA